UGCAAUGGACAAGUUUGUGAUAAGAACCAAGCGAACGAAUACGGCAGCAAAGGAUGUGAAACCAGCAACCUCUUCUUCAGCUCAUAAGACUCCAGAGUUUGGUGGACCAUUCAAGAUCGAUCACUACCAAAACCCUACUGCCGGCCAUCAAGUGAACAAUGGAGGAGGAGUGCAAAGAUAUAUGGCAGCGCGACAGUAUAAGCUGAGUCAACAAAAGCCAUCAAGCGUUUCGUCCAUCUUUGAUGGUGUUCACGUUUACGUAAAUGGCUACGUUGGCAGUAUGGACGAUCUCGAGUUUCGCAAACUGAUUCAGAGCCAUGGCGGUACGAUAGCGUUAACCUUAGCCCUCCGUACGGUAACCCACAUGGUUUGCACGUCGCUGUGCGCCAGUAAAACGCAAAAACUACUUUCUGCUCGACGGGCAACGGUGAAAGUUGUUCACCCAGAUUGGAUAAUACAGUCGGUCAAGAGUGGGAAAAGACUUCCCGAAAGUUCAUUCGGAGUCAUAAAGACUAAGAUGGUAUGUCAAGAUGUUCAGUCUAUUUUUGCUGUUGGUCAAACGUAUUCUACUUGAAACCAGAAAGCGUUAGAUAAGUUUCUGCCCUCCGACACUUCAGCAUAAUCGCGUAAAUGUACAUUUUUGUCAGGGCAGCAUAACUCACAAUAGAGCUAGAGAUAAUGUAAAUAAAAUGGUCCGUUUUACUAUGCUA